AUGUCUGUAGUAGGAGUCGACUUGGGUACGCUCAACAGCGUCAUCGCUGUUGCGCGGAAUCGUGGUGUCGAUGUCAUCGCAAAUGAGGUUUCCAACCGCGCGACACCAUCACUAGUUGGCUUCGGCCCCAAGAGCAGAUACAUUGGUGAGAUGGCCAAGAACCAAGAAAUUUCCAACCUCAAGAACACCGUCUCGUCAUUUGUGCGCCUCGCCGGCCGCAGUCUUCAAGAUCCAGAUGUCCAGGUUGAGCAGGACUUUGUCUCUGCCCAGCUUGUCGAUGUCGACGGCCAGGUGGGCGCAGAGGUCAACUACCUGGGCAAGAAGGAGCGAUUUACCGCCACCCAAAUCACCGCCAUGCACCUCACAAAAAUGCGGGCCACAGCCUCUGCUGAGCUCAAGCUGCCCGUAAACGACAUUGUCCUCAGCUGCCCCGUGUGGUACACCGACGCCCAGCGCCGCGCCAUUCUCGACGCCGCAGAGAUUGCCGGCCUCAAGUGCCUAAGACUCAUCAACGACAACACCGCAGUCGCCCUCGGCUGGGGAAUCCCAAAGCUCGACCUGCCUGGCCCAGAGGAGAAGCCACGGAGAGUCGUCUUUGUUAACAUUGGCCACAGCAACUACACAGCCACUGUUGUCGAGUUCCGAAAGGGCGAACUGGCCGUCAAGUCAAGUGCUUGGGACAGGCACUUUGGUGGCCGCUACAUCGACAAGGCCCUUGUCGAGCACUUCGCCAAGGAGUUCAAGGAAAAGUACAAGAUCGAUGUCAUGGAGAACGGAAAGGCGCGUUUCCGUCUCGCUGCCGGCGUUGAGAAGCUCAAGAAGGUCCUCUCUGCCAACAACAUGGCGCCCAUCAACGUCGAGUCCAUCAUGAACGACGUUGACGUGCGUGGUAUGCUCAAGCGCGAGGAGCUUGAGGAGCUGAUUAAGCCGCUCCUUGAGCGCGCCACUGCGCCUAUUGAGCAGGCUCUGGCCGAGGCCAAGCUUACCGUCGAAGACAUUGACUCGAUUGAGAUGGUCGGUGGAUGCACACGUGUCCCUGCGCUCAAGACGAGGAUCCAAGACUUCUUUGGUAAGCCUCUAUCCUUCACCCUGAACCAAGACGAGGCUGUCGCCCGUGGAUGCGCCUUCUGCUGCGCUAUCCUCUCUCCAGUCUUCCGUGUCCGUGACUUCUCCGUCCACGACAUGGUCAACUACCCCAUUGAAUUCACAUGGGAGAAGUCCGAGGACAUUCCCGAUGAGGACACUAGCCUCACCGUCUUUAACAAGGGCAACGUCAUGCCAUCCACUAAGAUCCUGACCUUCUACCGAAAACACCCCUUCGACCUGGAGGCCAGGUACGCCAAGCCUGAACAGCUUCCCGGAAAGAUGAACCCCUGGAUCGGCCGUUUCUCCGUCAAGGGCGUCAAGGAAGACCCCAAGGGCGAUUUUAUGAUUUGUAAACUCAAGGCACGCCUCAACGUGCACGGUGUGCUCAACGUCGAGUCUGGAUAUUACGUCGAGGAGACCGAGGUCGAGGAGCCAAUUCCCGAGUCUUCGGAGAAGAAAGAGGGUGAUGUACGUUUUUCUGACUUUCCUAAUGAUUCGAGUACCAGCGAGCAAAGUUCGGCAGAACGUGCUGCGAAACGAUACAAGCUUAGCGAUGAUUCUGCAAUGGACGUGGACAAGGAUGCUCCUCCGGAGCCACCCAAGAUGCGCAAGGUCAAGAAGCAGCUCCGCAAGGGAGACUUGCCUCUGUCUGCUGGCACUGCUUCGCUUGACGAUGCUUCCAAGCAGAUUGCCGCCGAGCGCGAGAACGCCAUGAUUAUGGAGGACAAGCUCGUUGCCGACACUGAGAACGAGAAGAACAACCUUGAGAGCUUCAUCUACGAGCUCAAGGACAAGAUCCUCGACGUCUACGCCGAGUUUGCCAGCGAUGACGAGAAGGCCAGGCUCAACCAGAAGCUCGAGACCAUCGAGGAAUGGCUGUACGACGAGGGCGACGAUGCGUCCAAGGCACAAUACGUCUCCAAGAAGGAGGACAUCCGCUCCAUUGCUGGCCCUAUCAUCCAGCGCUACAACGACAAGAUCGAGGGUGAGAGGCAAGCCGCCAUGGAGAAGCAACAAAAGGAGCACGCUGCCAAGCAAGCUGAGCUGGAGCGCGCAAAGCGGGAGGCCGAGUCUAAGAAGCAGGCUGACGCGCCACCUGCUGAAGACUCAAAGGAUACCGAGAUGGCUGAUGCCGAGGGCCAAAAGGCCGACGGUGCUGAGACUUAG